UUUUACACUGAGUAUAUUUUCUAGUUAGCAGACAAAUGUUGUCUUGAACUCUUUCUACUUCUUUUUCAAUUCAUCAAUGUCACGCAAACCUAUUUACCCUGAAGUGGAGCAUUUAAUUUUCCUCGAGAAACGUGCAAAGCUAGAAAAGGUCAAUUCUGAAAGUAAGAAGGACAACUCAACCACUCAAAACCCUAAGAGAACAUCAAAAAGGAGUGCAAAGAGAAGCCGCCAAACUAAUACUUCAGCAGCGUCAUCCUCUAAAAUGAUUAGGGGCAGCUCAGAUGAUGUAGGGCCAAUUCUACAGGAUUACAAAGACACGAAAAGGGAAAUAUCUGCAGAACAGAAUCUAGAUAUGGUUCAACUUACAAGUUCUUUUGUUGAACUAUCCGCCACUUUAAAUGGUAGCUUGUUUGUUCCAGAAAAUAGAUUAAAGAAUUAUGGACAAUUUCUGCCAACUGCAUGUGAAACUAUCGCAACAACAUACAAUAACUACUAUGUUGAAAACUUUGAAAACAUUAUAUGUAACUACUUUAUCUAUACAUUAAGGGCAAAGUAUCCGGCCCAUACUCCUCAAAAUGACAAAAGCGAUUUGAUCAAGUCCCUACUUCCAAGACGUUUUAGUCUAUUCCCGAAUUUUGGAUUGCACUGGCGAUUCAUAAAGAUGGAUGCUCAGAACCUAACUGGAAUUUUACCAGAUGCUAAACAAAAAAAGCAAGCUAAUGAAUCAUCUCCUUUCGAUCAUAAACAAAGAUACUUCUAUCAAAUUUGUGAAAAGCUUCAAGCACUGCCUGAACGAAAAGGAAAGAUGUUUCUCAAUGGAUUGUAUACUGAUGGCUACACGUACAGAGUUCUAUUUGCUAGAAAAGUGCUUCCGUUAUUACCAGAAGACACUAUCUGUCUAGAGUUGAACGAUUUUACAAGCGAAGAAGUGGAUAAGCAUUUCCGUCCAUGUACUGUAGACCCAGGAAGACGGGAUCCUUUUGUCUCUUAUCACGGUGGCACUGACAUACGUCGCUUGUCCUCAAUCGAAUAUUACAAUAUGGGUGGAAGUGUAAGACGAAUGAAAGAGCAACAGAAGCGUAAACAGAGACUAGGUAUUGAAAAGAUUGAAACAAACAUUCCUUCGCCUAAAACUGUGUCUGUAGAACAAUUUGUUUUGUACAUAACUUACAUGCUGCAGCACAUGAAUACUUUGCUUAAUUUCUACGGCUUUGAAACUUCUAAAAUUAAAUGA